UAUCAAAUUCCAAACAACGUCCAGCUGCAUCGCUAGCGAAAAAUAUGUGUUAACUGCGCGUUUAGUUAAAAAUAGCUGUAAUACCAAAUAAAAUAGUAAAAAUCGUUUGUGAAAGGAGUGGCUAGAAGCCUAGAAUAUUAAAAAUGAAUAUAUAUAAUAAAUUGCGGCGCCGCGAGCAUGGAUUUGCCAAUGAUUGGACGUAUGACUUUGCAUUGCCCCGUCUAUGCGUCGCCAAGGAGGACAGUUGGCGUGGCAUUGCCCCAGCCAACUACAGUCCAGAUUACAAUCCCGAGCCACCUAUUUUCUCUGCCAAGUUCGCCAAUUGCGAUGGUUAUCGACACAUUCUGGCCAUUGCCAACGAGGAUGGCAAGAUUGCGUUGCAGGACACCACACAGCGCAACCAAGAACCGGAGGAGCAAUCGUUGAGUGCACCCCAGUGUCACUACAAUGCCGUCUUCGAUCUGGAAUGGGCACCUGGCCAGAUGCGUUUCGUCUCGGCAUCGGGUGAUCACACGGCACGUCUCUGGGAAGUCGCUGGCUCGGGAAUACGAGGACUCAACAAUUAUGUGGGCCACACACGCUCCGUGAAAACAGCCGCCUUUAAGCGCACCGAUCCUGCUGUGUUUGCAACGGGUGGACGCGAUGGUGCCAUCUUAAUUUGGGACAUCAGAGCCAACCUGAACAUGGAUCUGACGUCGCGCGUGGAUAACUGCAUCUAUAGUGGCCACACAGGCGCACCGGGCACGCCACAGUCGCAGCGCAAGCAGCGCACACGAACUCCUAAGAUGGCUUGUGGCACGAACACGUCCAGCAGCAUUACGGGCUUAGCUUUUCAAGACAAUGAUACGCUGAUUUCUUGCGGUGCUGGCGAUGGCAUCAUCAAAGUCUGGGAUCUGCGACGUAAUUACAGUGCUUACAAGAAGGAUCCAUUGCCCCGUCAAAGCUUGCCCUAUGCGGGCCAAUCGACAUUCAAAGGCUUCACCAAUCUCAUUGUGGAUGCAUCGGGCACACGGUUGUAUGCCAACUGCAUGGACAACACUAUCUAUUGUUACAACCUGGUGUCGUAUGCGCCCAAACCAUUGGCGUGCUACAAGGGAUUGCUGAAUUCGACGUUCUACAUCAAAAGCUGUCUCAGUCCCGAUGGCAAAUAUUUACUCAGCGGCAGUAGCGAUGAGCGUGCCUACAUCUGGAAUCUGGAUCAUGCGGCUGAGCCGCUGGUGGAGCUCUCGGGGCAUACGGUGGAGGUAACAUGCGUUGCUUGGGGCGCCACACACGAUCGUCCCAUUGUCACGUGCAGCGAUGAUGCAAGACACAAGAUCUGGCGCAUUGGACCCAAUCCUGAGUCGCUGAGCUCCACAGACAUUGCAGAACAGUAUCGCGGUCAGGCCAAGUUUGUGCCGCAGCUAUCCAGGCAGCCAAAGGUCACACAACAGCAGCAGCACAAGUACAAUCUGCGUGAUCUGGAGUCGACGCCACGCUCCCUAAAGCGUCUCAUGGAACAGAACGAGCGCACGCCCAACUCCGUGGAGAAGCUGAGCACAAAGCGUUCGUUUCUCGAAAUGCUGGGCGCGACCAGUGGCGAUGCCAUCGUCGAGCAGCCACAACAGAAACGCAUCAAGGCGCUCGAGUCUCGGGGUCGUCGUCUCUUUGGCCCAACAUCGUCAACAACAACGUGCACAACCAGUCAACAGCUGUCGCCUUUGGCUACUAUUGGCGAGGAGGAGAGUGCCAUGCCCACCAGCAACCAGGAAAACAGCGAAGACGUCUCGCCGCUGCCCUGCAUCACAGCGGGCAAGAUGCCGCAGGCAUCGCCUUUGAGUGAGCAUCAUGUGAAUCACAUUCCUUACACCUCGCCACCCACAACAUCAGCCCAAGCAGCAGCGACAGCCGCAGCAGCAUCUACAGCUGGUGGAACAAUGCUGACCACAACGCCACCAGCAACAGCAACUCUCGCCUCCCUCAUCUACUCACCUACCUCGAAUCUGCCCAACUAUGUGCUUGAUGGCGAGGCGCCGCAUCUGGGCAUCAUGUCGCCCAAACGCAAAGCCAAAGAGAAGGUGGAUUGGCUGACCAAAAUACGCAAACAGAAGCUCAUGUCCAGCAGCCGUUCGCCAGUCACGCUCAGCGAAAAGAUGGCCAGCGAGGAGGCCACAUCAUCAAUGGAUGUCUUGGCCUCACCGCGGCUGCAGAGUCUGCGCAACUCCGAGUGCAGCCCACGGCUGCAGGCGACGCCCCGGCGACGCAUCUCCCACAACGAUAGCAAUGCGGGACAUUUGCGUACGCCAACGUCAAGUCGGCGCAACAGUGAGACGACGCUGUUGCGCUUCUUUAGCGUGCAACGCAACAACGCCAGUGGCAGCAACAACACAAAUGAUCCUCCAGUCGGCGAGGAACUGGAGAUGCCUCCCAUGUCGCCGCCGCCAUCGUCCACAGCAACGACAGCUUUAACGUUGCACACGCCAACAGCAACAACAACGACGGUGGGCAGCGAUUGAAGCGUUGUAGCUGCAGUUGUUAUUGUAUCUGCAUCCUCUGUUUGCCAACUGGACCAUACCAUAAGUUAUUAUUCUUUAUGUAUUUGCUAAGUUUAAAGUUGAUUUCUUUUCCCUUUUUGUCUGCUUCUAGUUUUAGUUUAGUUCUUAAGCCCGCCUUUGUACAGCUCUAAUACAAAAGACUAAAUAUAAUAUAUAAAUAUAUUAAAUAUACUAUUUAGAUUUUUAAGUUAUA